AUGAUGCCAACGAGCCGGAACGGCGUCUCUGCCUCUGGCAUGUGGCGUUUCGGUGUCUCGAUGCUCCUUGAUGCUUCUCUCAGGCGCCAGGCUCCUUUGACAAAGCAGCAUUGGAAGCCCAGAGUGCAAAGGAGCUCGCUCGCAGUCGCGGCCCACGCAAAGGCGGUCGGUAGCUGUGCCCAACAACGAGGCAGGAACUAUACCAGGCAAGUACCUACAUUAGUACUGCCUGGCCGGGGCUACCACACCUCCAAAGUCGGCAUUAGUGCUCGCCUUGACUGCUCCUACCUGCCUGGGAUUCUACCAAUCAAGAGAUGGCAGGAGCUCACCAGAGGUGGUUCCGAGAUGCCAGAACUCGCCAUGCUGCCAAUUAACUCCGCCGCUGCAUGCCAUUGCCGCCCGCUUCUGGCCUCUUCUGGUCCUGCUCUGGCGGCUUGCUUCAGCCACAUGCGCCACCAGGCCGGGCUUGCACCUCAACCGACUGCAUCAGAUAUGCACUCCAUGCCUGCUAGCAGCCAUGCCCAGAACCCUGCGGGAAAGGCCCUCGACGAGCUGCUAGAGCUGCUAGAGGCCCCCGCCUUUUGCUCGUCGUCGUUGGCCGCUUCUGCGUUCCUCUCUCGCCAUGACUCCGGCUGCUCUCCCUCCCUUCCCAAUCCGCCGACUUGGUCUCAAGUCCCGACAUGA